CCGCAGAUAACAAAUCUUCUCGUAUCGUCAUUUUAAAUUUAAAAAAGGAAAUUUUUAUUGCAAAUUGUAAUAUAAAAUCGUUGUCUUUAAUUUUAUAAAUAAUUAAUUUUGUUAAGUUUUUGUUUGCUGUGUAAAGAAACUUAACAUGACGUGUGCCAGUCUACUCCGAAGUCCAAUGAACUUGCUAUUGAGAAUGAGCAAAGGUCACCACUUUAAUCAGCGAAUCACUAGUCAGAGAUAUUUAUCAAAAAAUUCGGUUGUCAACGCUGAAAGAAGAUACUCAGAAAAACACGAAUGGAUCUCAUUGAAUGGUGAGAUAGGAACCAUUGGCAUUAGUCACUAUGCUCAGGAGUCUUUAGGAGAAAUCGUGUACUGUCAGCUGCCCCAGGUCGGGGAUAAAUAUGACAAAGGAGAUGAGGUAGGUGCAGUGGAAAGUGUGAAGGCGGCCUCUGAAGUUUACACCCCGGUAUCUGGAGAGAUUGUCGAGAGGAAUGACAAGGCCGAGGAAAACCCGAGCAUAAUUAAUAAGUCCUGUUACGAGAAAGGAUGGUUGUUUAAAUUAAAGCUGACGGAUCAUAAUGAGUUACAGAAACUUAUGUCUGAAAGUGCUUAUCAGGAGUUUCUGAAGAGACAGAGCCAUGAUUGAUCGAGUGUUUGUUUGAUUGAUUGAAUGAGUGGUUGAUUGAGUGAUUGGUUGAGUGAGUGAUUGAAUGAUAGACUUAAUGACCGAAUGAGUGAGUGUAUGACUGUCGGAAUGGUUGUUUGAAUGAGUGAUUGAAUGGAUAAACGGAUAAAUAAAUGAAUAAACGAUUAAUCAAUUGAUUGAAGGGUUGAAUAAUAUGUUGAAUGAUUGAUUGACUGACUGAAUGAUUGAUUGAUAUUAUUUUAUGGGUUGAUUACAUUUAUGAUCUGGUGAUAAUUUACAUAGUCUGCCAUCACAUUGUUUCAAUCAUUCGGUGAUAUAUCAAGAAAAUGUGGACAUAUUUUUGCUAGCUAACCAGACUGAAGCAUUUAUUCAUUUCAUCUGUUCUUAGUUUAUUAUCGAGAUAUAGCAACGUUAUUAGCAACUAAAGUCAUGUUAAAAAUUUUUUUGUUUCUUUGUUUGUUGAAAAAAUUGUUAUAUUUUGUUUAUGAAAAUCUUUCAUGUUUGGUUUUUUGCACUGUUGCAUGUUUGGGAUUGGUUCGUUGGUUCGUUCGUUCGUUUGAAUCCAUCAUUCAUUUGUCAUAUCUUAUACAUUAUACAGAAAUUGUCUUUUGAAAUUUUAUUCAGUUAUUAUGUAUAAAUUACUUAUUUUAGUUAGACGCGUGCCUCAAAUGACAGGCUGUUGUUUAAUUUUUCAAAACUCAAAAACGUGAUUUUAUUUAAUCUGUUUUUUUUCUAUUUUCUCAAAAGUUGAAAAAAAUUUUUGUUGUCGCUGAAAAUAUAAUAAUGCCUUGAU